AUGAAGAUGCUUAUGUUGACGAUGAACCCUAACAAAGACAAAGAGGAUCGAAUCAGCGAGCUUCCAGACCACAUCAUCCACAAUAUUCUUCGAUUUAUACCCAUUAGAACCGCCGCACAAACUAUGAUCCUUUCACACCGUUGGAAGAACGUUUUUUCUUCAAUCCCCGACCUCGAUUUCACAACCAUCCAUGUUUCUCCGCCUCCUUUCAAUUUUAUGGCCAAUGAUAGAGACAUCAAUUUCCUCACCAACACUCUAUCACUCCGCGACAACAGCUUUACUAUCAGAACCCUAAAAUUGAAAUCUUCUCAAUUGAGUUGCAUGGCCUUCAACUUCAUAAUGAAAUACCCCAAAUUCAUUGAUAUUGAAGAGCUAGACGUGAGGGUACAAGACACACAUUACUUCAAUAUCCCGUGGAGCAUCAUCAGACGUGUGAGAGUUUUAAAGUUAAAUAUCAUGUUUUUACACUUUGAUCGCCUUAUUAUACCGUCGUUGAUGAAGAGAGAAUUCAAAUUUCUCCAUACAAUGAUCCUACAUCAGGUAUCUUUCCUUCUUCUUUUCCAUGAUAAGCACGUAUUCACAGAUACCUUAUUUCCGUGUCUGAAAAAGUUGAGAAUGGAAUGGUGUUUCCGUGUGCAAGAACUUACCUUGAGAUGUAGUGGGUUGAAAGAUUUUAUCAUAAAGAAUUGUUGUGACCUUAAUGAAUUGGAUAUCUAUGGAUUAAACUUAGAGAGAUUGAAGGUAAAAAAUUGCUUUGAAGAUUUCUCAGAUCACACCAAGGUCAAGAUCAUUGCUCCUGUAUUGAAGGUUCUUAAAUGGGUGAAUGUUCAUUCAACUCGUACUUCUUUUCACUUGGAGAAAUCAUAUCUAUUGGAGAAGGUUAUCAUUAGUUUAUUAUAUAAAGCCAACCUUAUACCACCAAAACAUGUACAAGAAUUGUCCAAUAUGAUGAAUGCUUUAUCUCAUGCUAGGUUUUUAAAGUUUAAUUAUGCAUCUAUUGAGGUUUUCUCAUUAAAUGAAUUUAUUUUAGAAAAUAAAUUUGAGAAUUUAAGAACUCUCGAAAUUACCCUAGAAUAUUCUGACUUGAAUGGCUACAACAACUUUUUAGUUAUUGCUACACUAUUAAAAAACUCUCCUUACCUAGAUACACUCGGCAUCACAAUCGACAGAAUAUAUACGGGAUGCCAUAAGUGUCAGAUGAAUGACUUAAACAACGAUAAAUACUGGGAAGAACAACUUCCGGAAAUGCAUUCUUUUCUUAAUCAUAUAAGGAAGGUUAAGUUGGACGUGAUUUUUGAAUCUUAUGAAGAUAAUAUUAGUCUGGCAAAGUUUUUACUAAAGAAUGGAAAAGUUCUCGAACAAAUGGUUUUGUGCAUCGAAUUAAAUACUCUACUAGAAUUGGCUCGUUACAAAUUGAUGAUGUCUGAUUUAAUGAAAUGUUCUUGGGCAUCUUCUAAAGCUAAAAAGCGAGCCGUCUUUUCAACAUCUCUGCUAGUAUCUGUAACGGUUAUAGAGAAACCCGUUACAGAUAAGGCUUCAGUUAAAACUUUUGGUGAGGGAUAUCUGUAA